GGAGAUGCUUAACACGAGACCCGCAUUUGCGCUUGGCCCCGACUCCCGCCCGGUAGGAGUCGCUCUUGUGGCUUUUCGGAGGUUCCCUGAGUUCUCCCACCGCCUCGGGAGUUAGACGAGCGGCGGCGUCGGAAGGAAACAAGCUCGCAUCCCACUGUUGGAAACCUUCUAGCAACAGCAUGAGUCUGCAGUGGACUGCAGUCGCCACCUUCCUCUAUGCAGAGGUCUUUGCUGUGCUGCUUCUCUGCAUUCCCUUCAUUUCUCCCAAAAGAUGGCAGAAGAUUUUCAAGUCCCGCCUGGUGGAGUUGGUAGUGACUUAUGGCAACACCUUCUUUGUAGUCCUCAUUGUCAUCCUUGUGCUGCUGGUCAUUGAUGCUGUACGUGAGAUUCGGAAGUACGACGACGUGACAGAGAAGGUGAACCUGCAGAAUAAUCCUGGGGCUGUGGAACACUUCCACAUGAAGCUUUUCCGUGCCCAGAGGAAUCUCUAUAUUGCUGGCUUUUCCUUGCUGCUGUCCUUCCUGCUUAGACGCCUGGUGACUCUCAUCUCCCAGCAGGCCACGCUGCUGGCGUCCAAUGAAGCCUUUAAAAAGCAGGCGGAGAGUGCCAGUGAGGCGGCCAAGAAGUACAUGGAAGAGAAUGACCAGCUGAAGAAGGAAGCUGCUGCUGGCGGGGUCAAGUUGGAUGGUAAGGAUGCCGAGGAGAAGGUAGAAGAGGAGAACAGGAGCCUGAAGGCUGAUCUGAAGAAGCUGAAGGAUGAGCUAGACAUCAACAAGCAAAAACUAGAGAAAGCUGAACGCGAGGCCAUGGCCAUGCGGAAGCAGUCUGAGGGCCUUACCAAGGAGUACGACCGUCUGUUGGAGGAGCACGCAAAGUUACAGGCAGCGGUGGAUGGCCCCACGGACAAGAAGGAGGAGUGAGGCUGCUCCUCCCCACCUGCCACCUGGGCUGUGCCCGCUGCUGCCUGCAGCCCGGCCUCCCCGGUACCUCAGUUCGCCCCCUCUGCUUCCUGUCCCCUUGCACAGCUUGCAGUUCCACGCUCUCCCGGCAUACCCCAGGGGACCCAGUUUCUGCCUGCGCAGGAUGAAUUUGCUGCCAUCCCAGCCGGCCAGGCAUGAGGCAGGCAUUGCUUCCCACUGGGUUGUGCCUUUUUUGUGUUGCGUGUUGUUUGGGGUUCCAGGGCCCCUUGUCUCUGGUCCUGCAGGAGGGUAGACGGUGCAGGCAGAGUAGAGUUUUCCUGGAGCAAUAAAGUUCAUUGUUAUGUGACUAUGA